CUCUUCGUUGGAGUGGCGAACGCCGGCACAGCCGCAUUCGGUUUUUUCGUGCUGGACGGUUCGGAUGCCUUAGCUGGCUCUGUUUUUUUUAUCGUUAAAUAUUUUUGUUUUCGUUUGUCACUUCUGUACUGUGCAUUACAUUAUUUUGUUAGCCAACACAAAACUAUCAGGACUGGGACAGACACUGAGACGCUGAGACACUGCCACUCUGACACAGCACUGCACUGCUCUUCCCCAACGAACCAGAAGAAGAACUGCGCUUGCCUGACCCUCCCCCCUCCUGGUGCCAAAAAGAGCGACGUCGAGCGGCAGAGAUUCGUUGAACUCGCUGCUCAAACACAGGCAUCCCAGCAUCCAUCCCAGUGGACCGGACCGGACUUCGACGUGCAUUUUCUUUGCAGCAAGCGCAGCAGCAGCAGCAGCAGCCGCAGCAGCAACAGCAGUCGGAGCAUCCCAGUACCAGGAAUAAAGGAACACACAUCAAAUCACCACCAUGUCGGACGGCCUCGAGGUUGAGCAGAUCGUGGAGAGCAAGCCGAGAAGGAUGCCACUGGCAACGUCGCUGGACAAGGACGCCAUUCGCGAGGCCUACGAGGACGUACGCUCUGAUCUCACAGACACCGAGUGGGCGGUCUUCAAAUUCGAUGGGCCACAGAUCAUUGUCCAUGGACGGGGCCAAUGCUUCGAGGAGUUUCGCCAACAGUUCGGCGACUCGGAGCGCGCCUUCGGGUACAUACGCAUACAGAUGGGCGACGAGAUGUCCAAGCGCAAAAAGUUCAUAUUCCUCACGUGGAUUGGCCAGGAGGUGGGCGUCAUUCAGCGGGCCAAAAUGUCCACGGACAAGGCCAUCAUCAAGGAUGUGCUCAAUAACUUUGCUGUGGAACUGCAGGCGGGCGUGGAGCCAGAGCUGGAUAUUGGCCUCUUUCGCGAGGCCCUGAACCGCGCCGGUGGUGCCAACUAUGGAACGGGUAUCCGGGACAAUUAGGGUGCUCUCCCAUACCAAUACCCAUACCCAUACCCUUACCCUUACCCACACCCAUGCCCAUGCCCACGCGACGAUCUUCAUUUAACGUCUAUUAUUUUUUUUGGCUUACCAAAUUUCAAACUCUGCUCCCCUCUUUCUACUUAAUUAUUAUGAAUUAAUUGUAUGCAAUUUUAAAUUUAUGUAAUAUGUAAAGACAUUAUACAAGAAACAAUUAACCCAC